CACUUCCUUACAACUUUCAUCAUCUUCCUCCUCUCUCUGAAUCAACCAAAGCAUUCACCACUUCUCUCUCUCUCUCUCUCUCUCUCUCUCUCUCUCUAAUCACCAAAACAGUCAGAACCCAUGAAAGCCCAGCAUCCCAAGAUCAAAACCCAGCUCUUCUCUUGCGGGUUCUUCCGCCAUUGCACCCGGACCGUCCCCAGCCCCACAACCCCUCACCCUCCACCUCUCCCCUUCUCUUCCACCGACCCAUUACCACCUUCACUGUCAUUAGAUUCAUCACCUCCCUCUCCAACACAACCCGACCCGCCAACCCACCAUCCCUCCAAGCCUGAAUCCGAGUCCUCUUCCUCCUCAACUUCCCAAAGCUUUACCCAGUGGAAAUUCGCUCUCCCUGACUCGCCCAUCCUCCCUUACCCACAACCCGAACCUGACCCGAAACCCGAACCCAAAUCAAAACCACCACCACCACCACCCAUCUCUUCCACCAACCUCCAAGAACUCUUCCACGCAGCGGAGCUCCAGCUCAGCGUCGGGUCACACCCGGAGCAGCUCGCGGCUCUCCAACUCUUAGAACGCUCCCUCGUCCCCUACCCACCACCUGACCCGGUUUGCCCACCCGAAUUGAUGCGCGGGUUGGUGCGAAAUUUGAAAAACAAAGCGGGGGCUAAAGCGGCGACUAAAAUUCUGUUAGCCCUCUGCCUGGCGGAGGGCAACCGCCACGUGGCGGUGGAGGCGGGUGCGGCGGCGGCCGUGGUAGAGACGGCACUGGAGCUGGAGGCCGCGUCGGCAGAGCGGGCACUCGCGGCACUGGAGCUCAUGUGUACUGUGGCGGAGGGGGCUGCGGCGGUGAGGGCCCACGCACUGGCGGUGCCGAUUAUGGUGAUGAUGAUGGGGCGGACAUCGGCGCGGGGGAAGGAGUAUGCUAUCGGUGUGUUAGCGGUGAUCUAUAGCGGUGGGUACGGGGAAGAAGAGGCUGCGGAGGCUGUGGCGGCGGCACCGGCGGAGGAGGUGGCGCGUGCGGUGGAGCUGGCGUUGAAAGGGGAUUGUAGUGGCAGGGGGAGGAGGAAAGGAGCCCAGCUAUUGAAGGCGCUUCAAGACCCCCUUCAAGAGAGAGAGAAUUUAGACCCAAAAUAGCAGAGGAUCAACAAAAUGUGGUUAUUUCUCGUUUUAUUCAUAAUUAAGCCAAAUCCUCUUUAUUGUGUUUCUCGUUGGUAUUUUUAAGCUUAUGGAAAUAUUUGUAAACAUCUUCAAGACCCUGGUUCAAAUAUCA